AUUUUUUACAGUCGUUCAAGUGUGUGUUGAAAUAAUAAUUGUGUUAUUUAUCAAUAGCUGUUAAAUAAGUGCUAUGGUGAAUUUUUGUGUUUGAUUUUACUGUAAUAAGUGUAAUUGUCGGUAUAAUGAGUACGAAUAAAAAUGAUGACUGUUAUAUAGAAAUACUUGAACAACCUUGUAGUAAAAGCCGGUUUCGGUAUCCAUGUGAGGCACGUAAUAAUGGAAGUAUCGUGGGUGCCACCAAUAAUUCUGAGCGUAAAACCUGGCCUAAAAUUAAGAUCCAUGGUUUUAAAGGAAAAGCAGUAGUAAUAGUGUCCUGUGUCACCAAGGAUGAACCUCACCGCCCUCACCCUCAUGAAAUAAUCGGGAAAGAAAAAUGCAAUUUAGGAUAUUAUCAUCAUAAAACCUACGACGCAGAGGUAUCUUUUCAAAAUUUGGGAAUACAAUGCGUCAAAAAAAAAGCUAUUCUAGCGGCGUUGGAAAAACGCAAAAGAAAUAAAAUUGAUCCCUUCAACACUGGUUUCAAGCAUAUGAAACUUCCUGACAUCAUCGACUUAACGGCUGUAAGAUUAUGCUUCCAAGUAUUUCUUAAAGAUGAUGAAGAAAAGUAUACAAUCCCUUUAAAACCAGUUGUCUCUGAGCCAAUUUAUGACAAAAAAAUCUUGAAUGACUUGGUGAUUAUUAAAUUGAGUCACUGCAGUGCACCGGUAACUGGUGGAGUACCGAUGAUUCUUUUAUGUGAUAAAGUUCCUAAAGACAAUAUUAAUAUUGUUUUUUUUGAACAAAAAAAUGGGCAAAAUGUUUGGGAAGCACCGGCCAAAUUUAAUCCAAGCGACGUUUUUCGACAGGUAUCAAUAUCGUUUGAGAGUCCAGCUUAUAGUGAUUUAUCUAUUGAAGAACCGGUGCAAGUAUUUAUCCAAUUGCGAAAACUGACAGGCAGGAUAGACAGAAGUGAACCGUUACCGUUUACUUUUACUCCAGUUGGAGGAGAUUCUGAAUUCACUCUGAAGCGAAAAAGACAAAGAAUGCAUUCUCAAACAUCGGCACGACUUGAUUUGGAUUUCGAAGAAUCUAAACCUAUAGUACACUGUCCAAAAUGCAAUUGUUUCAAAAAAUCUCCAUUAACUGAAACACGAAAAAUUACUGACAAAUUAAUGAUGAUUAGAAAACAAACUAUUAAAAAAUCAUCUUUGGAUGUGGACCAACCAUUAAUUGAUAAGACUGUGAAAAAUGAUGCACCUCUUGAUUUACAUUGCAAAAAAGAUUUGGCAAAUGAUAGUAAUAAAAAUAAUAAUAAUAAUAAUAAUAAAUCGAAUGUAAAAAAAAGGAAAAAUUAUCAGCAGCAUCAUCAAGAACAACAACUAAAUCAACUACGACUGAAUCAUCAACAGUUCCAACAGCACCAAAAUCAACAACAACAAUUAAAUCAAGUACAACAACAACAACAUUUACAAAAUCAACUCCAGCAACAAAAUCAAAAUGAUGAUCAACAACAAAAUCAAUUGGCGGCUCAGCAACAUCAUCUUCAACAACAACAACAACAAAUGCUAUUGCAACAUCUACCACUUCUACAGCAGCAAAUAUGCUCAAAAAGAUUACAACCACCAGCAGAGCUGCUUCUUCA